AUGCAAUGUUCCUGGAAGGCAGUGAUCGUACUGGCCUUGGCAUCUAUCGCCAUCCAGUACACCGCCAUCCGGACACUCACCUCCAAGCCUUUUCAGCUGUGCCCCCUGCCCAGCCCUCAGAACUGUGGCCUCGGGGGGCAGGAGACAGAACCCCCCUUUGAACGGGUGGCAGCAGGAAGUGGAGGAUGUGACGACUAUCCUUACUUCUCCUUCAACGCCACCCGCAAGACCCACAUUUUGGUGCUGGCCACCACUCGCAGCGGCUCCUCCUUUGUGGGCCAGCUGCUUAACCAGCAUCAGGAUGUAUUCUACCUGUUUGAGCCUCUCUAUCAUGUGCAGACCACGCUAAUACCACGUCUGUCGCACAGCCGCAACACUGCUGACCGGCGCGUGAUGCUGGGUGCCAGCCGGGACCUCUUGAGGAGUCUUUAUGGUUGUGACCUCUAUUUCCUGGAGAGCUACAUCAAACCGACACCCACCAACCACACCACAGACAAACUGUUCCGUCGCGGUGCCAGCCGGGCUUUGUGCCAGCAACCUGUGUGCGAUGUGUUUGGCCUAUCUGAUGUUAAUGUGGAGGAAGGAGACUGUGUCAAGAAGUGUGCAGCCCUAAAUAUGACCUUAGCAACCCAGGCAUGCCGCGAGAAGCGAUACGUGGCAAUCAAAAUUGUCCGAGUGCCAGAGAUCGGGGACCUGCGUGCCUUGGUAGAAGACCCACGGCUGAACAUUAAAGUGAUUCAACUUGUCAGAGACCCACGUGGGAUACUCUCAUCACGCAUUGAAACAUUCAGGGAUACUUACCGUCUGUGGCGUAUAUGGAGGGCUACGGGACGGAGGCCUUACAAUCUAGACUUGAGUCAGCUCACAGUUGUCUGUGAGGACUUUCUCAGCUCUGUGUCAACUGGUCUCAGUCACCCUCAUUGGCUGAAAGGGAAAUACAUGUUGGUACGCUACGAGGAUUUGGCCAAAAAUCCGCUCCUCAAGACAAAGGAGAUCUAUGACUACUUGGGGUUGCCUAUGGAUAGAAAUGUAGAGGACUGGAUAAAUGCAAACACAAGGGGCAGCAAUGAGCCUUCAGCUAAACACAAGUUUGGUACAGUGAGAGACUCAGCAGCUAAUGCAGAAAGUUGGCGUUUGAAACUAUCAUAUGACAUGGUGGAGUAUACACAGACCGUGUGUCCAAAAGUGCUUCACCAGCUUGGAUACAAGGCAGUGAAAUCAGUGGAGGAAUUGAAAAACAUGUCUCUCUCACUGGUACAGGAUAAAACUUUUGUACCUUUUUUGUAA